UCUCCAUUCUCUGCAAAUUGUCUCUCUUCUUCAUUCAAUGCACCACCAUAUUCAUAGCCCCUCACGCCUUCAAUUAUUUUUUUCUUUUGAUUUAAAAUUAAAUUUUAGUCAAGGAUUACAAAUUUCAAAAUUAAAAUGGAUUAUUUCUAAAGCCAAAAUUCAUUUUAGUAAAAAAGUCAUUUUGGAUUUAAUCCACAGCCCCAAAAAAAACCCUAGCCUCCUCUUCUUCUUCGUCUCAUUCUCUCUCUGAAAAUCAGUCACCAUCACCAUUCCCUCUCUUCCUCAAUCGACCGUAGCAGAUCCGGCGGCACGGACCUUCUUCUCCGGCGGCCGCCGCAGAUUCUGGACACUCCCAGCGGUGAACUCACCCGGCGGCUCGAUUCUUUCCAUCUGACGAUGUUGCUGACCUAGUUGAUAUACAUUAUCUUCAGCAAGGAAUGAAGAAGAAGCCUAAUAUUGCAAUACUCUGAUCGAAAAAAUUAUUCUUCAGCAGGAUUGGAAAUUUGGAAUCGAUCAAAGAAUCUAUCGUUAGGCUACACGGAAGGUGCGAUGUGCUGCUAUAGGUGAAAUGCGUUGGUCCCUCUCCAUCCUCUGCAAAUCGUCUCCCUUCUUCAUUCAACGCACCAUAUUCACAGCCCCUCAUGCCUUCAAUUCCCUUCUAAGUAGUUGUUGUGAUCCUCGCCACGUUCCUCAAAUCCAUGGCUUCAUGGUGCCCAGAGCUCUCGAUCAGGACAAUCUCAUCCUCAGUCGGUUCAUCGAUGCCUGCUCUUCUCUCCGCCUCUACACAUAUGCCUAUUCCGUCUUCUCCAGCAAGACCAACCCCGACCUUCGUCUCUACAAUACCACCAUUAAAGCCCUCUCUCAGACCUCCUCUCCCAUUCAUGCCAUUUCCCUUUUCUCCAGGAUUCGAAGCGAGGGCUUGCAGCCAGAUUCCUACUCUAUCCCCUUUGUUUUGAAGGCUGUUGUUAAGAUAUCCACUCUUCAAGUGGGCAGGCAGAUUCAUACUCAGACGGUUUUUUCUGCUUUAGAUACAGAUGUGAAUGUCGUCACUUCCUUGAUUCAAAUGUAUUCUUCUUGUGGGUGUGUUUCUGAUGCUCGUAAGCUGUUUGAUUUUGUUCCUUAUAGGGAUGUGGCUUUGUGGAAUUCCAUGGUUGCUGGGUAUGUUAAAGUUGCAAAACUCAACAGUGCACGUAAGUUGUUUGACGAGAUGCCCCAAAGGAAUGUGAUCACUUGGACGGCUUUGAUUGCUGGGUAUGCACAGAACAACAGGCCUGAUGAAGCGAUUGCACUGUUCAGGAAGAUGCAGCUUCAAGAAGUGGAGCCCGAUGAAAUUGCAAUGUUGGCUGUGCUCUCUGCUUGUGCUGAUCUGGGGGCUCUCGAGCUGGGCGAGUGGAUUCAUAAUUAUAUUGUAAAGCAUGGUUUGUGUAGGAUUGUUCCAUUGUACAAUGCCCUCAUAGAUAUGUAUUCAAAAUCAGGCAACAUACGAAGAGCACUAGAAAUUUUUGAGAACAUGAAGCAAAAGAGUGUUAUAACUUGGUCCACCAUGAUUGCUGCCUUGGCUCUUCACGGACGUGGAGGAGAAGCCAUUGACAUAUUCCUUCGAAUGGAGAAGGCGAGAGUUAGGCCAAACGAAAUUACUUUCAUAGCCAUCCUCUCUGCUUGCAGCCAUGUUGGUAUGGUUGAUAUGGGUCGUUAUUAUUUCGAUCGAAUGCAAUCAACGUACAAAAUUAAGCCACAAAUUGAGCACUAUGGCUGCAUGAUUGAUCUACUGGCUCGUGCUGGUCAUCUUCAGGAGGCACAGAAAGUACUAAAGGACAUGCCAUUUGAAGCAAAUGCAGCAAUAUGGGGGUCUCUUCUUGCUGCUUCCAAUAUACAUAGGGAUGCUGAGCUUGCAGAGCAGGCUUUGAGGCAUCUUGCAGAGCUGGAGCCUGAAAAUAGUGGGAAUUACACACUUUUAUCCAACACAUAUGCUGCUCUUGGCAGGUGGAAUGAAUCUGGGAUGGUGAGGAAGGUGAUGAGAAAUGCAGGUGUGAAGAAGGCUCCAGGCGGAAGCUUCAUUGAAAUUAAUAACAAAGUAUAUGAAUUUCUUGCUGGAGACAAGUCAGAUUCACAGUUGCAUGAGAUUUUUCAUGUCUUGUGCAAGACAAUUGUGCAGUUGAAAAUGGCUGGGUUGCUGCAGGAUGAAUGGAGCAAGUUUCUCGACUUUGAUGAGUGAUCAUGAUAAGCUUGGGUACUAAUCAUUCUUAAAUAUCUCGUACCUCUGUAUCUCUUUUGUCCAAAAGUUCCCAAAAUUUACAAGUCAAACUUUGAAUGUUUCAAAACAAGCCCUUUAACCUCAAUUCAACUUUUAAAGUUUCAAGGACCAAAUAGAUACAAAGUGCGGGUAGUUCAUCCAAAGAUCUUUUACAAGGGACUUCAGAGUAAAUAACCUUCAACAUGCCACACUAACCAAGCUGGAAAAGGGCAAGCAAUUGGAUUACAAAUUUAGAUGAUGGAACCUUUAAAUCCCAGCCAUGAGCAAACUUGAUGCUAUAUUUCUUCUGGGCUUCCUUAACUUCUUGAUCUUAAUUCUGCCUUGUCCAAGUGAAGCAGCAAUUAUUUCUUUUUCAGCUCUCUAGUUUCUGGCCUACAUGCUGCUUGCUGGUCUUUUUUGUACUAGUCAUAUAACCAUCUUGUGAUUCAUGGAACCAUAGUCUGCUACAUCACAUUCACUGGGGACCGUGUCUUUUAGAUACUUGCCAGAUGAUAGAACUGGAAUUUUAAAUGUAGUCUGCAGAGGAAUCAUCAUGUAUCAUGGAGAAACUGCAUUCAUCCAUUUAUUUUUCGACGGAAUUCUUCAACCUUAGGGUACAUGUUUUAGUUCUAGAUUCAGUUACCGGACUAGCGUGGAAGUUGGAUGUGGGUGCUUAACAUGAUGUUUGGAAACACAUCUUAUAAGCGUGUUUUCAAGACAAUUGAGAGACACCAUUUGAUCAAGUGAUGUCUGGAACUUGUUACCUUCACUUUUAAGUUAUGUUUUUUCUAAAUCUGCUAUAUGUUUCAAGUCACAUCUCUUUGAAUAAGAUCAAGUAAAGAAGCGGGCUCGAGGAUGUAUCACAAUACUGGGCAUAGAGCCUUCACGAGGUUACUGGUUUCAUUUGAGGUUUAAACUUGCUGCUCUCAAUUCCAACAAGGAGAGAUCUUCAGUGGAAAGAACUUACAUUUUUCUUGUUUUUGUGUUUUUGUUUCAAUUUCCUUUUCCCUUGCAGAAGCUUCAUGGAAGUCAGAGAACCCAUGGCUGCAGUUUUUUGUUUCACCCUAAAAGAGAAGGGUCUGUGUGAUCCUUGAAUAUCCUUAGCUGAGUUUGUGAUAUAUUUAUUUUAGUCACAUGCUUCUUACCCUAUAGACUCUUGGUUAAUAUGCCAAUAGAAUAAUUUUUUUAGCUUAGGUUUCUUUUUAAAACUUGAUUUUUUUUGUUCAACAACAUUUUAGCUUGUUACUCCCUUGUAGUGAAUGAUAUUUGUCUU